GGUGGAAGAAUCUCGAAGUUCACUGUAAUAAAGGAAAAAAGCAAACAGAAUUUGGCUCUUCCUAAGAAUGAGAUAUCAAAGCUACAUGAGCUCUCAUUUGAUCGUCCGCAGCUUACUGACCACGAAUUUACAGGGGCCCGAAGGCGAGAAUUUGGUCAUUUUGUUGCUCGUGAUGCUAUAUUGGACGAAGAAUAUUGGACAGCAGCAUGGCUCCGAGCAGAAGCCCAUUGGGAAUCCUUUUCUUAUAUGAGGCAUGUUGAUAGUUACAAAAGAAAGUACGCUGAGGAGGAAUUUUAUGCUUUGAAGCGAAGAUGUCAUGGACAAGAGGGGAAGUCAUUGAACUGCUUCUGUUUUGUUGCAAUUAAGAAAGAAGAUAAAAAUGUCAGAAGAACAGUCCUGAACAGUAUCGUGGGAACAUUGGAUCUAAGCAUCAAGCAAUUCAGGCAAGGGGAAACACAUCUCGGGGUACAAUCUUUCAUCU